CUCCUUCCUUCCUUCAUUCACUCUCUCGCUUCUUUUCUUACAUACCCGCAUUUCUCUCUCUCUCUACCAAACCCUCUUUCUCUCUCUACUGCAACCCAUUUUUUAAGGGAUUUUGGAAUGUGUGUCAACAACAAUGUCAUUAUAUUGACAAGAAAGACUCUUUCGAUUGUAUUAUAUAUGGGGGAUUAGACUGGUUGAGUAUGUGAUAAUUGAAUCCAAUUCUGUGUUGGUGUGCUUUUUUUAGUCAUAUGGAACCAGUGAGAGUUUUUUAUAAGAAUGCUGUAGUUUAUUUCUUUUGUUGUUGUACUGUUUUAUCUUGUUGAAGAAUUCAAAACAUAAUUGGAAGACUUGAAGAAUUGAAUUUUGUUUGAUGGGUAAUAAACUUGGGAGGAAGAGACAAGUGGUAGAUGAAAAAUAUACACGGCCGCAAGGGUUGUAUAAUCAUAAAGAUGUGGAUCAGAAGAAGCUGAGGAAGCUUAUCCUUGAAUCAAAGCUUGCACCUUGCUAUCCUGGAGAUGAAGAAACUGCCUAUGAUCGUGAAGAGUGCCCAAUUUGCUUUCUGUAUUAUCCAAGUCUAAAUCGAUCAAGAUGUUGCACAAAAAGCAUUUGUACAGAGUGUUUUUUGCAGAUGAAAGUUCCAAAUUCAACCCGGCCUACCCAGUGUCCCUUUUGUAAAACGGCAAAUUAUGCUGUGGAGUAUCGUGGUGUAAAAUCAAAAGAAGAGAAAGGAUUGGAACAGAUUGAGGAGCAGCGUGUUAUUGAAGCAAAAAUUAGGAUGCGGAAACAGGAACUUCAGGAUGAAGAGGAAAGAAUGCAUAAAAGACUAGAAAUAAGCUCUGCAAAUGUGAAUGUGGCUGUUGCAGAUGUUGAAUACAGUUCAAAUGCAGUGGCUGAAUCUUCAAUGUCUGUCAUUGAACCUGAUGAAAUAGUCUCUUCUCAAGACUCAUGUGCCACACCAAUGGUUAGACCACCUCCUUCCACUAGGGCCAAUAGAGAUGAUGAAUUUGAUGUUGAUCUUGAGGACAUUAUGGUCAUGGAAGCAAUCUGGCUUUCCAUUCAGGAGAAUGGAAGGCAGAGAAAUGCAUCUUUUACUGAUGUUACUUCUGAUGCUACAUCUGGCCACUACGUAGCUGAGGAUCGCUAUGUUUCGUCUCCCAUGGGUCCGCAGACAGGAUCAUCUUCAUCCCCAUCGGGGGGUCUUGCUUGUGCCAUUGCAGCUCUUGCUGAGCGUCAGCAAAUGGCUGGAGAAUCAUCUGUAAGCUCCAACAAUGAAAAUUCAUCGUCAUUCAACAUGCUACCAGGUUCCAGAAGGUUUUAUAACAGGCUUGGUAGAGAUAUGGUUAGUUAUUCAUCGGCAGAAAACCUGAAUGAGGGGGCACCAGAUGAUGAUGUGGCAAUGACUCAGAGUCAUGGUGAAUGGAGCAUAGAUCAUGGACCACAUGUGACUGAAACAGCAACUAGCUAUGCAACCUCUGUUGAAGUAGAAGAUCGUGGUGAACUGUCUUCUGUGUCACAGUCUAAUGACCUUGAUGGAAACCUUCAAAGUGCCACAGACCCCAUUAUUCCCGAGAGUUAUGAGGAGCAGAUGAUGCUGGCUAUGGCUGUCUCUUUAGCUGAAGCUCGAGCCAUGCCGAGCGGACAGAGUGCUUCAUGGCAAUAGCUUUGGUCUGAGGUAUGGGUUUAACCUUUCUUAAAUUGGCAAGGCUUGCCUUGCCUAUGUAGCCUGCUGGGUCCUGAAUUGGAAGUUUGAGCAAACGUCACACGAUGUGUGCAAUUUUGGUCAAGGAUCAGGUAGCGAUUCUCUUUCUACACGAAUUUAUAUAUAUAGAUGUCAAAGGAAAACUAAUGAUUCAAGUUGGUGAAAGGUUGUUGCUUAAUGCCAUUAUUUUUUCUGUGUUUGAUGCCGUCUCCCUGCUCUCAUUGGUUUUCUGUAAAUAGUUGUCUUUGAUAAAUGUCUUUUCAUUCUUAUAGUAAUAUAUGGUGCAUUUUAGACAUGUACUGAACAAGAUAGGAAAUUAAAUAUCUAUAUCAGUAAAAUUCAUCAAUGUUUUUAGA